AUGCACGGGAAGGAGGUGAGCCACCUGAGCCCGCUCAGUGCCCUCCAGGCCAACGCGUGCGACGCUUCUUUCUCUACCUCUGCUCCGCCUGCAGCACAGGCGGCCAUCCUGGAGCAUGCAGAGGGCUGCCAGGACCCCCAGGAUCCAGACUCCAUCCACUCCACGUCCAUCUCAGCUCGCUCUGUGCCUCUGAACAACCUGAGAGCCUGCGAGCCCCUGAGCCCUGGCCGGCAUCUGCCUCAGUCCCCAUUGGACCCCGAGCGCCUUUCAGAGCUGGACCUGGAGAAGGAGCUCACUAAACAUCCGGAGACUUGGGUUGGAAACCUCUCUGGAGGGCAGGCGUGUUCCUCUGGCCACACUCUGAUCGCUGCCGGUGCUCUGGCGCCCAGUCACCAUCCGCCCUCCCGGGAGCGGCAGGUUCUGCCUUUCACUGAGUCAUCUUCGUGUGAGCAGUGUGAGCAGGUGUCACCAUGGGCGGGGCGCCUGCUCGGCUUCGGAGGGCUGCGCUGGAAACCCAGCUCCGGCCGUCAGGUCUACAUCUAUCUGGAGAGCGGAGGCUGGGUCCCGACCAGGGCGGCAUCGCAGGCUUCAGCUGACCUGGUGCCAGCCCACAUGGCAAACCUCUCACUACCCACUGAACCUGAGCGGGACAUGCAUGGACAGCCUGAGUAUGUGGACGUCACGCUGAUUGACGGGGGUCAGUGUCGACAGGAGUCCAGCCUUGCCGGGAAUGCCAACACCGGGGAAUGGCGGCGACACGGCUCUAAGUGUGGAGAAGUCACCAAAGGACAUCCGUCCUCCCCCAACUCACCUUUACCACCAACCGCACGGAAGACGGGAAGGGACGGCUGGCGCACACGGAGGCCAGGCAUGGACACGGCCGGGACAGACCAGACGAUCCAGGAGACCACGGCUGCUUGGACGUCCGUGCCCCCUGCUGUGCGCAGGCACAUCCACACAUGCACUCACAAGUGCACGGUCACACCCUCACACUCACCGAGACCACCCGGCUUGCCCACGGAUUCUCAGACGGCCCUUUGUGAACCGCAACCACGAGGAGCAGUCAGGAUCCCGUCGCCCUGUGCUGUCGGAGCCACUCAGCCAGGGCUUGCCAGAGACCCCGGCCCUUUGUCCUCGGGGUCUGCUCAGAACACAGGGCUGUCGCGAGAGUGUGCGCACGUGCGUCCUGACCAGGGUCGGCGAGCUGAAGGCCUGGGCAGGGUCCACACCCCCAACCCGAGGCAGACGGUGGGGUGCAGGCUCCCGGAAGCGGGAAAGGGAGAGUCUGACGAGGUGAGCCAGGAGGGUGUCCCCUCCAAGGAGGUCACUGCCAUCUGCACCCCUUCCCAGGUUCCUGCAUCUCCUUCACUUCGUGGCCCCAUCCGCACCCAGCCACCCAAGCUGGACGGACCUAAUGAGGUGCAUGCAACAGGUGCCAUGCCUUCAUCCAUCAUAUGGGGCAGGGAGGGAAGAGAUCUUACCAAUGUUAUCAAGCAGCUUGUGGAAUUGGCAUUUUUAGAGCAAGCUCUGUUACUUAAAAGUGGAACAGUGGAGGAGAGGCCCUCUUGCCGGUCUGCUUUUCCAGCCCAGCCUGAGUUCUCUAUGCUUGAGGGCACCUUAUGA